ACCGCUCAAACACUCGGGCCGCCUGCGACCGCUCUGAACCUAUCUGUUGCUUUGGCCAGCUUCAUGCGAUGGAAUCACCAGACAUCGAUCAAGAGUAUAGAACAUCGGAAGUUCUCCUGUGACACUUCUCUUUACAGGCGACCCGUUUCCCGUGGUGUACCACCAAGCCUCGUGUGUAAUAGGAACGUGUCCAGAUGUUGUGAUAAAGCGGCGUUCUGCGAAUCAGCACCCCUACUCGUAGCUCAAGAUUGGGCCUCACGCCCCGCUGCAGACUCUGUGAACAGAGCAGACCCAUGCUUUGCACCCACAAUGGGCGGCGUGGAAACGUUAAACUAUAGAAGGCCUCAAAGCACAGCCUAGAGACAACAACGCCUGUAAGCUGCGUGGCGGAACAUACACGUAUAUAUUCGAAGCGACGAGAAGGUUGCCACUCAAACUACGGCAACCACUUCUCCUGAUCCUCCUAUCGCGCAGUCUACUAGCGGAACGAUGGC